AUGGUCCACAUCACUCUGGGGUUUCUUCUCGGUCUCUCCUCCCUCGUCUCGACGCAGACUGGAGCCGUCGUGGAUCUGGGAUAUGCACGAUAUCGCGGUCUCCCCCGUCCCGAUGGCAUCGUUCAAUGGCUGGGGAUGCGCUAUGCCGCUCCUCCGGUCGGACCAUUGCGAUUUGCAGCUCCCCAGGACCCUGAGAGUGUCGACGGGGUUCAAAAUGCCUUCCAGCAUGGUCCGCAGUGUAUCCCCACGGGCGAAUAUCCCAUCCCGGAAGAGACAUCGGAGGAUUGUCUCUUUGUCGACGUCCAGGCGCCAACGAUGGUCUCCCAGCCACUGCCGGUGUUUGUCUGGAUUGAAGGGGGUGGGUUCAGUCAGAACUCGCAGGCCAACUACGACGCCUCGGGUUUGAUCCAGGCUUCCGGAAUGGGCAUCGUCGUUGUUACCUUCAACUAUCGUGUUGGUCCCUACGGGUUCCUGUCCGGUGCUGAGGUCCAGAGACAGGCGAGUGUGAAUAACGGGCUUAAGGAUCAGAUCCACGUCCUAAAAUGGGUCCAGAAGCAUAUCCGGAAGUUUGGUGGUGAUCCCAACCAUGUCGUCCUGGGCGGCGUGAGCGCCGGCGCCGCCUCCAUCACGCUUCUGCUCUCGGCCUAUGGCGGUCGAGAUGAUGGUCUCUUCCACGCCGCGGCGGCCGAAUCCCAGAGUUUUGCCGGAAUGCAGACUGUGGAUGAAAGUCAGUUCGCCUACAAUAACCUGGUGAUUCGCACCGGCUGCGCCUCAGACGACAACACCCUGGCAUGCCUGCGUCGCCUGGACGUCGCUCGCCUCCAGCAAGCGAAUAUCAACACGCCGCUGCCCAAAGCCCAGGACCCCCCGUUGUAUCUGUAUGGCCCCGUGGUCGACGGCUUGCUCGUUCCCGACUACACAUAUCGCCUGUUCCGCCGUGGUCACUUCAUCCGCGUCCCCGUCAUCUUCGGCGACGUUACCGACGAGGGAACUAUCUUCGUGCCGCGGAACCUCUCCAGCGUCGGCGAGGCGCAUACCUUUCUCCAGAGCCAAUUCCCGGAGCUCCAGCUGCGCCAUUUGGCGCACAUCCACCGCUGGUACUAUGGACAGGGGAACCAGACGCGCCAGUUCCCCGACGCCGGACCCUACUGGGUCCCCACCUGCCACGCCUACGGCGAGAUGCGAUAUACUUGUCCCGGCAUCGACCUGUCGUCCGUCUACGCCCAUGCUGGCCUCCCCAGCUGGAACUAUCACUACGCCGUGCGCGACCCCCGCGCCGAGGCCGUGGGCAAUGGCACCUCGCAUACCGUUGACGUCAAUUCCAUCUGGGGUCCGUCGUACGUGACCGACAACGGCUUUCCGCCACAGUCCUACCUCUCCUUCAACGCGCCCAUCGUCCCCGUCGUGCAGGGCUACUGGACCAGCUUCAUCCGGACCCUGGAUCCCAAUCCCCAUCGUCUCCGGGGGACUCCUAAGUGGAAGACUUGGGGCCGCGACGAGGAGUCCCAUCGUCGUCUCUUCAUCCGAACCGGCGAUACCAGGAUGGAGACUGUCCCUCCCGCACAGCGGAAGCGGUGCGAAUACCUAAUCAGCAUCGGCACGGAUCUGGGGCAGUGA